CCUGCUCUCUCUUGUCCAAAGCAACCUCUUCUUCCCUUCAAAGAGUUCAAUUACACUAUCAUCCAGUCAUAUUACUCCAGAGUCCAGACAACUGGAUCUACGUUGGCAAGCCGUAAAUCAUGGCGUCCCCAAUCACUGAGAAACAUACCACCCAACACGCCACCAUUCAAAUACCAGAUUUCCUAGCAGACUGGCGCCAACACCCAAGCUGGCCGUCCCCUUAUCCCCCAAACAACCACCCAGACUCCCAGUACAUCAAGGCCGAAUCCGAAAGCUGGCUGCGAGGCUACUGCUACAGCAACGCCAAGCCAAACUCCAUCAACAAGGGCAUCAACGAACUCUUCAUCUCCAAGAUCAUCGCCGGCGACUUCCCCGAGAUAGCAUGCAUAAUCUACGCCCACCAGCCCACGCGCCACGUCCUCCUCGCCGCGCUCGUCAUGCUCCACUUCUUCGUCAUUGACGAGUUCACGGACAACGUGGACGACACGGAGGAGGGCGAGGCCCAGGUGCGGAGGCAAUCUGCCGCCAUGGUCCGCGCGUUUCGGCACCCGGAGGAGAUUGGGCAAGAUCGGGACGGAGACGAGGAUGACGAGGUGUGGGUGGGCGUCCGCAUGGCAGCCGACAUCGCGACCCGCUACCGCAGCGACGCCGUGGGCGGCACGCUCGACUCGUGGAACUUCUUCGUGGACAGUUUCGCAGACUACCUCGACGGCGUGGGCGACGAGGUGGCGCUCCGGAGAACGGGGCCGAACGGGGAGGUGGGGGGACACAACUGCGUGCCGAGCCGGGAGAGGUACAUCGCCGUCCGGCGCCGGACUAUCGGUGUUCUCCCGGGCAUGGCGCUCCUCCUCAUCGACCGCGCCAUCCGCCCCAACUUUUUGCAGGUUCCCGCGGUGGACUCGCUGUUGGGUCUCUGCGUCGACAUCAUCAUCAACCAAAACGACAUUUAUAGUUUUGAUAAAGAGCAGGCCAAGGGCGAGGACGGACAUAAUGGAGUGAGGGUCCUCAUGGAGGAGGACGGGGUAGGUGCGCAAGAGGCCAUGACGAAGCUGGGCAAGGAGACUAGUGAUCUCGUGAAGAAGUUUUUGGAAGUUUGCGAGGGGCUACCGAUGUUGGAGGACGAGGUUGAUGAUGUGAAUUUGAGGAUCUUGCGGGACGGGUGCGUUUCGUGGAUUUUGGGGAUGGAGGUUUGGUCUACGCUUGUGACCAAGAGGUAUGGGAUGCAGAGAUUGGAUGGAGAGAGGAGGUAUACGCCUACACCAAAGAAAGGGAAGACGCAGCAAAAGGAGCAAGAAAAACAGCAGCAGCAGCAGGGGUCUCAGCUAGCUCGUAAGGGAUUGAUGAGUUUGAUGAGGGAGUUGCCGGGGGAUUUGUUGUCUCUGCUGAGGAGGAUUUUCGGUAUGUAACGAUUUGUUGUUGUUAGUCGGUCUGGGGUUGGGGCGUAAAAGUAUCUCCGUUCAGGGUGGUCUAGUGUAUAUUAUCUUAGUCAAAUAGGCAAUCUUUUGAAGAAUUAGUUCCCGAGGCGGUGACAAAAGUGCCAUGUUGAACAGGCCUUACUCUGGUUCAAUAACCGAC